AUGUGGCUAACGUGCUUAGUCGUAAAACUACGUAUUCAAGGAACUCCUCUAUUCCCCGGAGAAGAUGAGGGCGAUCAACUGGCCUGCAUCAUCGAACUUCUUGGUAUGCCGCCACAGCGUCUUCUUGACCAAUGCAAGCGAACACGUCAAUUUUUCUCGUCAACUCACGGUUACCCACGUUAUUGUACCACUACAGACUCCGAGGGUCGAGCUGUACUCCGUCCCGGCAAGAGUAAACGUGGCAAACUGCGAGGCCUUCCGGGAAGUCGAAGUCUGCAACAGGCCCUAAACGGCUGUGAAGAUGUCGCUUUU